AUGGAUCCUCAUGCGAUACUUAUAGAUGGAUUACAUGCGAAUCAACAACCGUAUUAUCAGCAAAUUGCGUUUCUAGAACUGUGGCAUAUUUCAAAAUUUGAACAUGAUCGGCGUGUUGCAAUAUAUGCGGAUUUCAAUCGCAAACAACCUUUUAAUUGUGCUUUGCAUAAUCAUCCAACGUCUGCCUGGACGGAGAUUUCACGCACAUGCAUGGAUUUUAUAUUAGGACUUGCAAAUUCUGCACAGAAUGAGCUUAAAACGCAACAACGUAGGAAGUCAGAAAUGAAAAAUAAGUAUGAUCUAUUUAAAAAGCUCACAGAGUCUGCUAAAAAGCAGAAACAAUCGGUGAAAGUUGGGCAGAGAAAUCUCGACGUUGGUGUCACCGCAGAUACAUUAACCAAAGAUCGUGAAUAUUGGGAGAUGAAAUUACUUGAAUGGUUUCACCCUGUGGGAGGCAAUCAACGACCAUAUGUGAGAAAGUUAUAUUGUCUUAUUGUAGCUCCUUUAUUUAAGCGAUCUGUCGAACGACGAACAAAGAAUGUAUUUAAAGACUUGCACAUAACAGUGUAUGCCAUUCAGGCUCUAACAAUGCUUAUGGUCAGGUCAUUGCACGAGGAUACACAUGGAAUAGUUCAAAAUGAUAUCUCUAGAGUAUUUGAAUCAAUGUUAGAUUGCUUAAUGUCGCUUGAACGGUAUGCCAAGGAACCGCCGUUAGACGAUUGGGACAUAGGUGAUCCGUUUACAGACACACCUUACAAAGUUUUAGCUGACCCGUUUAUUGUUAUUAAUGGUUAG